ACCUUUCUGAAGAAACAGUCUGGCGUUACGUCAGACCCGGGCAAAAAGUGCAGGGCAAGCAAGUCAGCGUCUAAGAAGCUAUUCGUAGGCACUGCUGCCAAAGCCAGCUUAGGCUGCUCACUGCUCUGCGAUCAAUGUCAUUAAAAAGCAACACUUUUAAAGAAGCGGCAUGCGGUAAGUCUACGCUUCAGUGAUACAUUUUCCUCCGUCGGACUUUUGAUUACUUUCCUUCAUAUGACAAGUCUCUGUAUCUGGCAGUAUUGCGCAAAAACAACGGCAAAUCUGAAAAGUUUGCUAAUUUACUCCCAGCCGCCGUGCAAACAUUAUGGCAUGAUGAACCAUCAUAGAUUUUUAACUCACAGGGAUUUUUUUCAUAAUUUUUUUAUUUGAUUCGAUUUUUGCUCAUCUCAAAUCAACAUGCCUCACGCUCGAAACAGGAACCCUAGCCCCAUCCCGGAGGUAACAUGGGACACCGGAUUGAAGGAGAUGAACGAAACGUGGAAAGGAGCUAUCGCAUGUCUAGGUGUCGCCGUCUUUUUUGUAAUGACCAUUGGGAUUAUAUACUGGCAAGUGGUAGAUCAGCCCAACAAGAACUGGAUCCUAAAAGGUGGUUUUAGUGGACUCAUUUGGGAGAGAAGGACACACUCACUUGUCAUACAGACACUGACAGAAGACAAGACCUAUGUUGAGAUUGACGUUGGGAAUGUGGGAAAUCCCGACCUCGAAGUUCCGUUUGUCAGAAACCUGUGCUGGCUAAACAAAACCGAAUUUUGCUAUACGUGGGAUUCUGUGGCGGACGUGAAGAUCUUGCUGGAGGUGAACGAAGAGACGGAGACAGAGUGUUACCGUAUGACCUGGGCGCCCGUGCACUGUCAUGUAGAGUUGAAGGACUGCUUCUCCAUGACCAACGUGUCUUGGUACGGCGGCGCUGGUGUCCGAGGUCAGACUUGGCCAAUCAACGAGCAAAACUCCACGCUGCAGCCCUUUACCGUCAGCGACCUGAGGGACAACCCCUCUGGCUUCGGAUCCGUCCUUGAGCGCUACUUCCUGGGCUCGUCAGGUGUGGCAGUGCUCGUCUCCCCAGAUAUGCCUCUGCAGAUGAGCAUAGACAGCAGGCAGCAGUUCUGCCUGCAGUCCCCCUCCAGCAUGGAGCGUGUGCCUCUGCAGUACACCGUGUGCGUGGGCCACAACGUCAAGGCCGUCCACCAGGAGGCGCUGCAGCGGCUCUCACAGCCUGGCAGGGAGCUGCCCAGCAUGGACAUCUUAAGGCUUCCUUUCUGGAGCCUGCUGGCGAAGGUGGACUCCGGGCCGAAGGUGGAGAGGGAGCUGAGGACCUUCUCCAACCGUCUGAGGAGACACCAGCUGGGAGAGGGGGUCAUCAGCCUCAACGAACAUUCCACCGCCCUCCUCUCCGACGUGGACCAUGGCUACCUCACCAGCAGGAGGAGAGGGACACACAAGAGACAGACCAGGGACUUCCCAUUCGUCAAGCUUCUAAACAUUUCCAUCACCCUGUCCCCUUUCCUGAGCGUGGACACCACGCAGUUCCACAAGUCCCUCCUGGAAGGAUCGGAGGUCCACUGGCUUGGCUUCCCGGGCGCCCCCCAUGGACACCUGGUCCCUCUGCUGACCCAGUGGCGGGGGCGCUACUGUGUGAAGCUGAACAUCUCUGACCCAGGUGCGGUGGCCUGGUUCCUGGACCGGGUGGGCGCUCUGCAGGCCCGCCUGGGGAUGGAGUACGUGCAGCUGGAGGGAGCAGAGGGGAACCCUUACGAGGACCAGGCCCUGCACCCGCCCCCCACCCUGAGGGGAGACCACUACAUAAGCCAGCUGGCAGACCUAGCAGCCCAGAUAGGUGACUCGGCCAUCAUGACUUCUGGGACCAGGUCAAGCCACAAGCCCCUGUUUGUGAGGAUGCCCCCCCUGCAGUCAGACUGGAGCACCUCGGGGUUGAAGGGCUUCAUUCCUUCCCUGCUGCACCACAGUCUGCUGGGGUACAACUUCCUCAUUCCCGACGCAGUAGGUGGAUCUUGGUCUGGGGACCUGGUGACAGAUGAGGAGCUGUUCAUCCGCUGGUUGGAGAUUGCUGCCUUCCUCCCCGUACUCAGCUUCCACACACCCCCCUGGGUCUGUGGAGAGGACAGGGUGCUGAACCUGACACGGGCCUACAUAGCGCACCAUCAAGAGUUUGUGGCUCCUCUGAUCGAGAGGUACGCAGAGGAGUGGCAGCAGACAGGUGACCCCAUCUACCGGCCGCUGUGGUGGCUCAACCCACACGACUCCGCCGCCUUCACCAUCAACGACCAGUUCCUCAUCGGUGACGAGGUUCUGGUUGCCCCGGUGACAGAGCGGGGGGCAGUGCAGAGGGACAUCUACCUGCCGGAGGGGGGGUUCCUGUGGCAGGAGGCCCGGGGAGAGCAGGUCUUUGAUGGGGGCACAUUGCUGGAGGACUAUCCAGUCCCCCUCGACAGUGUGGCCGUGUUCUUACGGAGGAGCUCUUGAAGCCACAUGACCCACCACCAUGUCACAUGACCCACCACCAUGUCACAUGACCCACCACCAUGUCACAUGACAUCCUGAUGCUGUUAUUCAUCUUGAUUUUUUUUUUACCCGUGCUGUUCUCAAGUUGCACUUUUCCACAAAGACCAUAGAGAGUCUCAAGAUUGUGUCUCUUGAGAUUAGAAGUAGAGAUCUUUUUUAUACUUGCACUUUACAAUUCGAAAACGACUUGUAGUUUCUUUACGUAAAUUUUUUCUUCUUUUUUUAAUUUAAUCUGUUUUUACCUCUCGGCUGAUUGUUUCAAGAUGUUUAUUGUGUCAAAGUUCUGGAGAAACCUGUGUGUUUACAUUUGUUGUCUUUCUACAGUCUUUAAACAUUCAAACUGCGUCCGGUUACAGAGAAGCAAAGUAACAAAAAUAAACACAUGCGCUUAAGGAGAGCAUAUGAAUUUCAAAAAAGACCAAAACAAGAUUUAAAAAACGAAAGGACAAGAGCAUAUAGUGAAAUAGUGUCUGCUUGAAAAGAGCCUGAUAGGAGACGAUUCUGAAGAAGACUGAAGUUCAUUCAUUGGAAGAACUUUUACUUGAACCCAUCAGUCGAUCGAGCUGAUGUAUAAUGAAUGAAUGUACCUCAAAUCAUGUUUUUCACUCCUUGACAGUCUCUCAAUGAUCAUCAACACUUGCCAUUUCCCCUUAAAGCACUUAAAACAACUUAAAAACAGUCAUGGCACUUAAUUCAUAUCCAAACCAUGUGCAGACAAAAGUUAUAUUUUGGUGAUGCUUCCUUUUGUCAAGGUCUCAUGUGUAAUAUGAAAUCCAAGUAUUGAACCUGAUAACCUGCCAUGGUAACAGUAACUCUGCAUACACACAAUCCCUGACAGACACUAAUUUGUCAUCUUAAAUCCUUUUAAUAGGUUACUCUUUUUUAAUGUAUUACCAGACUUCUAUAAGAUGUCUUUGACAACCUCCAAAGUUCUAGAAUCACAUGUAUCUGUAUUAAGACAUUAAGUCCUGGGCCUGAAAGAGCUUAGGACCGAACUGAACUCCAAGUAACUCCUCCAGUUGAAUUGCAUCUUCUGAAAUAUUUUGCUGAAAUCUCUCCAAAGUUAGCACUGAAUCCAAGCUGAUUGGCCGACAACUCGUAAAUCAAUUUAUCCGCAGAGAAAAGAAAGUUGUACAGUCCGCCCUAUUGGAGCCUGCCUCUUUAAGUUGCUAAGUGAGUCAGUUAUACUCUCUGAUUGCUUUAAUGCUGUAACUCUAUCGCCUCGGUAAACUCCUGCCUCUACUGCCUCGACAUAGUCAAGUGCCUCAUAAAAGCCAUCACUGAAAGAUUUAGCACAAUACUGACAAGCAGCCCCUUCCUGGGAACCUGAACUAUAUAGCUUAAUCAAUACUUACAUUUUACACCAUAUUAGUUGUAUUAGUAAAAUUUUUAUAAUGUUUACUGUAUGGACAGGACACUCAGGACUGCUGCAGCUGAACUGAAUCACCAAAUGUCUUACUUACACAUGCGUGUGUGUCAGCGUCUUAAUCUCUCUUGGAGCUGAACGAAUGAAGGAGAGACUGUGAUCACCCAACAGAACUAAAAAGCUUUUCCUUUUGUUUUUUUGGCCUUCCUGUAAAUGAUGGUUGUGGUACUGUAGGAUAAUUUAUUAGAACAGCUUUGGUUAAUGUUAUUCCUAUCCCACAUGCUGUGCAGAGCAUGACCUCAUGUGCCUUUGUGUUUCUGUCUUAGUGUCUGGAUGAACAGUGCUUAAUUCUUGCAGCACCAGCAAUGUACAUAUUUCGAUGACUGGGCCAUUUCAUGUUUUUUCUUUUCUUCCUUUCUGAUAUAGAAUCAACAAACUGCAAUAAAGUUUACAUUUUCUUACUGCA